ACAGACAGUGCCUACAUGGGCUCAGAGAGCACCUACAGCGAGUGUGAGACCUUCACAGAUGAGGACAGCAGCACCCUGGUGCAGCAGGAGCUGCAGGACGAGGCGGAGACCGACAGCGCCAUCGACUCGGCAGUGCCCUCCGAGCUCACGGACCCCAUCGAGGAGCCUGAGCAGGGGUCCCUUUCCCUGUGUCCCCACAGGUGUCACCCCCACGAGCUGGCGCUGGGCUCGGAGCUGAGCCCCUCCAUGGUGACAGUGAUCAGCGGCGAGGAGCACUUCGAGGAUUAUGGGGAAGGCCACGAGGCAGAGCUGUUCUCAGAGGGGUUGUGCAAUGAGGAAAGCAGCUUUGGCAGCUCCUUCCUCUCACCCAGCUCCAACCCUCUGGCUGCCAAGCUGCGCAGCCUCCUGGCAGAUGAAGCCUUUGAGUUUUACUGUAGCCAGUGCCACAGACAGAUCCACCGCCUGGAGGACCUCUCUGCUCGCCUCACUGACCUAGAGAUGAAUAGUCCAAACAAGAGGCUCUCCAGCAAGAAGGUGGCAAGACAGCUGCACCAGACCAGCACGCUGGCCGUGAUGGAGGACUCCUACCGGGGGGCCCUGGAGUGCGCGGAGGAGGACAUCACCGACAAGGUGGUGUUCCUGGAGCAGAGAGUGACGGAGCUGGAGAAGGACACUGCUGCCAACGGCGAGCAGCACAGCCGCCUGCGCCAGGAGAACCUGCAGCUGGUGCACAGGGCAAAUGCUCUCGAAGAACAACUGAAGGAGCAGGAGCUGAGGGCUGACCAAACACUCCUGGAGGAGAUCAAGAAGCAGAGGGAGCUGCUGAGCAAAAUGGAAAGAGAGAAGAGCAUUGAGAUUGAGAACCUGCAGGCCAGGCUGCAGCAGCUGGAUGAUGAGAACAGUGAGCUGAGGUCCUGCGUGCCCUGCCUGAGAGCCAGCAUCCAGCGGCUGGAGGAGGAGAAGCAGAAGCUGCUGGAUGAGAUCGAGGACCUCAGUGUGCAGCUGAAGGAGGAGCAGGAGAAGAAGAGGAAGAUGGGGGACAAGCUGAGUCAGGAGAGGCACCAGUUCCAGAAGGAGAAGGAGUCGACGCAGGAGCUCAUCGAGGACCUGAGGAAGCAGCUGGAGCAUUUGCAGCUCUUCAAGCUGGAGGCUGAGCAGCGGAGGGGCAGGAGCAGCAGCCUGGGGCUGCAGGAGUACCACAGCAGGACGCGGGAGACGGAGCUGGAGCAGGAGAUCAAGCAGCUCAAGCAGGAUAACAGGACCCUGAAGGAGCAGAAUGAUGAACUGAAUGGGCAGAUCAUCAACCUGAGCAUCCAGGGAGCCAAGAACCUCUUCUCAGCCUCCUUCUCUGAAUCCCUGGCAGCAGAGAUCAGCUCAGUCUCCAGAGAUGAGCUGAUGGAAGCCAUCCAGAAGCAGGAGGAGAUCAACUACCGCCUGCAGGACUACAUCGACAGGAUCAUCGUGGCCAUCAUGGAGACCAACCCCUCCAUCCUGGAGGUCAAGUAA